AUUAAUUGACUUGCAUGCUGUUAUUCGUCACAAGUAAUUCAAAGUGAUCAAAUCGUAAAAUAAAUUAAAAUUUAAUUUUUUCUGUGUUGUGCGCUAAAAUAAUCUUCGAUAGCUAAAAGCAUCCAUUCGGCUGUGGUUUGAGUGAAAAUACAAUACGAUUGGAGUGAUACUAACUCUUACAGUGAAUAUGCCGCCUAAGAAACGUAAAAACUUGAAGCGCCCAAGCGUUGCCAAAAAAAACGCCAGCUCUGCAGUAGCAGCUGCUGCACCAACUGCAAAGGCUCCGAAGAAUUCGGCAAACGAGUUCAUCAUUCGGGUGCCAAAGGUGCGCAACCAGCGCCAUUUAAUGCGCUUCAAUGACAAUUUAAACGUGGACUUCGCCCAAUGGCGCAGUGUGAAGAUGUCGCGGGAGAACAACAAGCCACAGUAUAUGAUCGAGGAGGAGCAGGAGAAGCCCAAAUUUGGGGCCGGCACAGAGUACAAUUGGCGCCAGCACGGCGACACAAGCCGCAAGAAGAACGUGGUGCAACACUAUAAGCCAGAGGCGCAGCCCUGGCUGUUGCAAGUCGAUGGCAAGACGGGCAAAAAGUUCAAGGGCAUUCGUACGGGCGAAGUGGGUGCGAAUGCCGCCUACUAUGUGUUCACCCAUGCCCCAGAUGGCAGAUUCAAUGCGUACCCAAUCAACGAUUGGUACGCGUUCCAGCCCAUCGACCGCUACAAGGCCCUCACUUCGGAGGAGGUGGAAGCGGAGUUCAGUCGUCGCGAGAAAUCGCUCAACUACUUCAAUCUGAUGAUGCGCCGUCGGUGCCGUGGCGAGCAGGACGAGGAGGAUACAGAUUCGUCCAAGCUGCCCAAGUCAGUCGACAAUGGAACCCUCGCGCUACAGAUCACAGAUGAUGUUGAGUGGAUGGACUCCGCGGAUGAAUCCGAAUCGGACGAAGAGGAGAAAGCGAAGAAAAAGAAAAAGGAAAGCGACGUCGAUGCUACUGAUGGCAAGAAGGCCAAGGCUAAGGGCAAAAAGGAACUUGAUAUGAAGACAUUUUUUGAGGCUUUCGAAGAGUCGGACGAUGGUGACGAAGAAGGUCGUGAACGUGACUACAUCUCCGAUUCCAGCGAAGAUGAGCCCGAUCUCGAGGACAAGGCGAUCAAGGAGCUGAAGGGAGUAUCAGAAGAGGAAGCUCUGCGAAAAUUGCUCAACUCAGACGACGAAGAAGAUGAUGACAAGUCAGACAACCAGAAAGACGAGUGCCAGGAGAACCCUCAAGACGAUGCCUUCAACAUUCGUGGGCUGGAGACGCCUUCAAGUUUGAGCAGUGAAGAAUCAUCCAUAGAAUCAUCUGACAGCUCAGACUCCGAAAAGGAUCCGAGCGAUGGUCCGCCCCGCAAGAGGGUCACCUUCAACAAGAAGGAGAAGCGCAUAUAUAACGCGGCCAAUAAGUCCCCCAGCAGUGGUGCAUCGCCAAAAGACUGCACCAAGCGCAAGGUGCCUGUGGGCAGUACUCCGCCAAGUACUUGUCAGCCUACAGUUUCGAAGGGGUCCAUUGAACCGCCCAAUGAGGAGAAAGACAGCACCCAGGUUGAACAGUCAGCCGUCUUCUUGCGUAAAAUUGACGAAUUUGGCGUCAGCGAGGAGGCUGUGAUUCGCUACUUAAAGCGCAAACCAUUGACACCCACCGAGCUGCUGUCCAAGUUCCGCAACAAAGCCACCAGCGACUCGAAGAUUCGUGUGGUUGAGACAAUGACGAAAAUAUUGAAAAAAAUCAAUCCCAUAAAGACUACCAUUCAGGGAAAACUUUAUUUCUCGAUUAAGUAGAAAUUUAAGCAUCAUGUGUAUGAAUAUUUGCGUAUUGAGGUACAAUAUGUAUCAGUAAAUAA